CGGCCCAGCACCGCCAGGCAUCGUCGAGCACCGUCGCUGGCACGCACCCACAGCAACACCGAUCCCGGAGGAGCUCUCACGAUGAACUUUGGAAAUUUCAAUGUCCGAAGCUCUCGAACCGAGAGCAGCGGUAGCAUCGACACCUCGAGUCCAAGGGGCUAUGUGGAGUCUCUCCUGCGGCGGCUCAAGCGAGGCAAGGCCCUCGAUGACGAGCUCGCAGAUUAUUUCAAAGAAAGAGCUGCUAUUGAAGAUCGCUAUGCCAAAGAUCUCCUUCGCCUCGCCAAUACCCGGCAAGGCACGGUCGACGAGUCGCAGUUUGGAACGUUUGCGUCGGUCUGGGGCAGCUUGAUCAGCAGCACCAUCAAGCUGUCCGAGACCCACGGAAAGCUGUCAACCAAACUUCAGGACGAGAUCGAACAGAAGCUGCGACAUCGAGCCGACGUCGACGCUGAGUGGAGCAAGCUCAAGACGCUCGAGAUCGAUGCCCAGCGAGUGGCCAAGGAUUUUGACGACAAGGUCGUCAAAUGUCACAAGGCUGAAGGCAAAGUUAAGAGGAAAGCGGGUGACUCGCGCCAGCAACGAAAGCUUGAAGAGGCCCAGAGUGCCUACGAAAACUCCAAGGGGCAGUGGCAGCAAUAUGUCGCAAGCUUCAAUAAGAAAUUCGUCGGCAUGGACCACCAGCGGUGGGGCGUCGUCAAGGAUGUGUUGCAGAACUAUGUUUCGUUUGAGGCGAUGGCGAUCCAGGGUCUCCAGGGUGUUCCGGACGAGGUGCUGGCGUCAGUCCUUACCUUCGAUGGAUUGGAUAACACCCAUGCUUUCAUGAUCGCCAGCGGCGGAGGAAAAGAGCUGACCGGGAGCGUGAGCGAACUUCCAGAAGAGACUGAAGCUCCUGGCCCUGGUCCGGGUCCCGCUGUAAUGGUCGAGCAGCCAUCGGUCGACGAGGUUCCGAAGGUGGACGAAGAAGGAUAUACCAUUCGCCCCGUUACCACAGGACCGUCGCCUUGGGACAACGUCGGCAACUCCUCGCACAACUUUAGCGACGAUGAAGACGGUGAUGGCGAAAGUAUGGCAGCCUCGACUCGAUUCAACAUUGCCAUCAAAAAAGAACCCAUGGCUGAGAGUCGCGAGACAGCGAUUCAAGCCCUGAAACACGUCCAAGCCACCCUUAGCCAAACGCCCAGCAUCGCAAGUUCGCGAAAGCGGGGGACCCGAAAGGCAUCCGAAAUGGCAGACAGCAGGUCGUUCGACAGCACGUUUACAGACGGUUUUGGCACAACCGGCCGCUCGGCGGCUCAAGGUGGCCCACUCGAUCGUUUUGGCGCCAUUUUGAACUCCAACUCCGUUCGUGAGGAGCCCGAUGUCCUCAGCGCCGACCCCGUCUCGAUCCAGUUCACAAUCAGCGAAGUUGUGAAUGUGCUCAUCCGACGAGGCACGAUCGAAAAAAUCCUGCUCACCGGCGACGUUGCGAUUUCGAUCACCAAGGAGGUGCCGGAUGACCAGGACCCGAUGGGCAUGUUCUUUAUAAAUCUAAAUGGCCGCGACCGCCUCGAUCAAGUCGUCCCCAACCAAACCUACGCUCGGCUCUCCUCGCCCUUCAAUACAAGCCAGUACUCGAUUGACCUCGAAGCCCUCGUGGACUCGGCCGAAGUCGGCACACAUGUCCCGAUCCUCAAGUAUCAAGUGAAGAUCGACCCCGACGCGGCGCAUCGAUACAUCCCCAUCCUUGCCAACCCGCUUUGGAAGUGCGAAGAGGGCGUGACGAGCUAUUUGAUGGCUUAUCAGUACAACCCCACCGUUUCAAGCAAGGUCGAGGUCAACGAGCUCAUGUUCAUGACCAGCCUGGCCACGUGUCACAAUCCGAUUCACUCCGUCCAAAUGAAGCCAACUGGAGCUUGGAGUCCCGAACGCCGACUGAUCUUGUGGAAGGCAGAGAGUCUGCAUCCACCAACCGAUGCUGCUGCCGGCGCUGUCGAGCCCAUCAAGCUUCUUGCCCGGUUUGAGACUGAGGGCGCCUGUGUGCCCGGCUCCACGGCAAUCAAGUUCCAGAGCCAAGGUGCUCUGCUGUCAGGCAUUGGCAUCGAAUUGGUGGACCCGGAAUCCAGCAAGAAGCCCAUUGUGCUGCUCACUGGCGUCGAAAAGACCGUUGCGACCGGGAAAUACGUUGUGAUGUAAAUCACAUCCUGUCCCCAUGCAUUACCAGUUAUGCCGACCAUGUCGAUCACUGACGGUCGAUCGCCCAAGCGCUCCUCCAUCACCAGGGCAAGCUGAUAUUCCUGUCUCUGGGUCGCCUAGAGAUCCCACCAAACUUUGCUCGUCUCUGCCACAGCUAGACCUACAGCCUCAGAAGACUCACUGCUGUCCCUGU